AUGGAUCUUACAGGCUUGAGUAACAAAGAGCAAAAUUGGCUCAGUGCCUGUGUAGCUGCAAAAGACACAAAACCAAAACAAAAACAUUGUAAAAUAACACUGGGAACAUCAGGAAACUAUUCGUCUCCCUUCUUAGAUGCCAAAUUCUGCACCAAAUUUGGGCAGAUUUCACAGGAGGCUGAGGAAUCUUGUAAGUGCAAUGGCUGGAAAAACCCCAAUCCUCCUCCUACACCUCCUCGGGCAGACCUGCAGCAGACCGUCGUUAGCCUGACCGAGCCGUGUCGCAGCUGUAGCCAUGCGCUGGCUGCUCAUGUUUCUCACCUGGAGAACGUGUCUGAAGAGGAGAUGAACAGGCUCCUAGGGAUUGUGCUGGAUGUGGAGUAUCUCUUCACCUGUGUCCACAAGGAAGAAGAUGCAGACACUAAGCAAGUUUAUUUCUACCUAUUCAAACUUUUGAGGAAGUGCAUUUUACAGAUGGGAAAACCUGUAGUAGAAGGAUCUUUGGAAAGUCCCCCGUUUGAGAAACCCAGUAUUGAACAGGGUGUAAAUAACUUUGUGCAGUACAAAUUCAGCCAUUUACCCUCAAAGGAAAGGCAAACAAUAGUUGAACUGGCCAAAAUGUUUCUGAAUCGCAUUAACUACUGGCACUUGGAGACUCCUUCUCAGCGAAGACUGAGGUCACCCAAUGAUGAUAUUGCGGAGUAUAAAGUGAAUUAUACCAGGUGGCUUUGUUACUGCAAUGUCCCUCAGUUCUGCGACAGUCUACCUCGCUAUGAAACCACACAGGUGUUUGGUAGGACGUUGCUUCGCUCUGUUUUUACUGUAAUGAGACGGCAACUGUUGGAGCAGGCUAGGCAAGAGAAGGACAAACUUCCUCAAGAGAAACGAACACUAAUCCUCACCCAUUUUCCAAAUUCAUUCUUUGUCCUGAAUCUCUCUGUCUUUUAUGCCAUUGCAGUCAUUAGUCCUCCUCCUGUUGCAAGAUCUGUUUCAUACAGUGCAAGUCCUUCAUCUCUGGAACAACCCAACAGUGGAAAUAUGAGUCCAGCUUGCAAAGUUUCUUCUGCCCUUGAUCCAAAUCUAGGGGAAAAGAGAAAAAAUAAUGAACCUUAUUCUCUGGAGGAUUCUAAGAGGCCAAGGGUUGUAGGAGAUAUUCCUAUUGAAUUAAUCAAUGAAGUAAUGUCAACAAUUACAGAUCCUGCUGCAAUGCUUGGGCCAGAGACCAACUUCCUCUCAGCACAUUCAGCCCGGGAUGAAGCAGCGAGGUUGGAGGAACGACGGGGAGUGAUCGAGUUCCAUGUGGUGGGAAAUUCCCUGAAUCAGAAGCCGAACAAAAAGAUCAUGAUGUGGCUGGUUGGUUUACAGAAUGUGUUCUCCCAUCAGCUACCCAGGAUGCCAAAGGAGUACAUCACACGCUUGGUCUUUGAUCCGAAGCACAAGACCCUUGCAUUAAUAAAAGAUGGUCGAGUUAUUGGUGGCAUCUGCUUUCGGAUGUUCCCCUCUCAAGGAUUUACAGAGAUUGUUUUCUGUGCUGUGACUUCAAAUGAGCAAGUCAAGGGUUACGGAACUCACCUAAUGAAUCAUCUCAAGGAAUACCACAUUAAGCACAACAUUCUCAACUUCCUCACGUAUGCAGAUGAAUAUGCUAUUGGCUACUUCAAAAAACAAGGUUUCUCCAAAGAUAUUAAAGUACCAAAAGCAAAAUAUGUUGGCUACAUCAAAGAUUAUGAAGGUGCCACGUUAAUGGGAUGUGAAUUAAAUCCAAGGAUUCCCUCCACAGAGUUUUCUGUCAUCAUUAAAAAACAAAAAGAGAUAAUUAAGAAGCUGAUAGAAAGGAAACAAGCUCAGAUUCGGAAGGUCUACCCUGGCCUUUCUUGCUUCAAAGAUGGAGUACGACAGAUUCCUAUAGAAAGCAUUCCUGGAAUUCGAGAGACUGGCUGGAAACCAAGUGGAAAAGAGAGAGGUAAAGAGCCCAAGGAUCCAGAUCAGCUUUACAGCACAUUAAAAACUAUCCUGCAGCAGGUGAAGAGCCAUCAAAGCGCUUGGCCCUUCAUGGAACCUGUGAAGAGAACAGAAGCUCCUGGAUAUUAUGAAGUUAUAAGGUUUCCCAUGGAUCUCAAAACAAUGAGUGAACGACUCAAGAAUAGGUACUACGUGUCUAAGAAAUUAUUCAUGGCAGACUUGCAGCGAGUCUUUACAAAUUGCAGAGAGUACAACCCCCCCGAGAGUGAAUACUACAAAUGUGCCAAUAUACUGGAGAAAUUCUUCUAUACAAAAAUUAAAGAAGCCGGAUUAAUUGACAAGUGACACUUUGUCUUUUUUUUUUUUUGCAACCAAUCAGUGUGCCUCCUAUAUGGGCAAAGGAAGCCGUUAUAUUUUGGAGCUGUUGGGACUUCAAGUUUUCAAGAAACUUCUGUUUAAUAAUUAGCACUUUUAAAAACCCUUUUAGUUUUGCAAACCUGUAUUAUAUUGAAGUUAGAAAGAUUAUUUUAUUAAAAUGCUUUAUGAUGUAUUUAAAAUCAAUGAAAAUUUCUUUU